AUGCUUAUUUCAAAAUUAAAAACGUUGAAAAUUUUAUUUCAUAAAGACAGGAAAAUCCAAGUGACAUAUAUACACUUGCGAAACAUCCAAGUGUCCAUCAUAGGAGCAGUGUGUGAUAUUGGAGCUAACUUGGCGUUACUAUUAAAACGAAAUAAUAAAAUUUCAAGAUUGCAUUUGUAUGAUAAUUAUGAAAAAGUAAACGCAAUUGGCUUAGAAUUAAGUCAUCUACCUGGUGGACCUCAUAUAUCAUCAUUUGUUGGAGAAUGCAUGCUGUCUUCUUCGAUACGGUACUCCGAUCUCGUCGUUAUGGUUGACAGAAUAGCUAGAAAACCAGGGAACGUACGAGAGCAAAUGAUUCCUUCUAAUACUCCAUUAGUCUAUAAGCUAUGUAAAGUUAUGUGUGAGCAGAAUUCAAACGCAAUACUAGCUAUUUCAACUAGCCCCAUCAAUUCAAUAGUCCCUUUCGCUAGCGCGUUGUUGUAUAAAUAUGGUUCGUAUAACCCCUUUAAAGUAUUCGGGAUUACACACCUAGACGUUGCAAGGGUAAGAACACUCACUGCGAGUGCAUUACAGGUGAAUCCUACUAAAAUAUACGUUCCAGUAAUAGGCGGACACUCCGAUGAGACCAUUGUGCCUUUGUUUUCAAAUAUAUCACCAAAUUGCUAUACAUUAGACGAACCUAAAACUGAUAUGUUGACAAAACUUUUAAGAAAAUCAGGAACAGAAGUUGUCAAUAAGAAACUGGGAAUCGGUUCUGCAACUCUGGCAAUGGCUUGGUCAGUGAAUGAAUUUGUUGAUUGUAUCUUGGACGCGAUACGCGGCGCCGAAGUGAUGGUGAAUGCUUAUACUGCUAAUCCUCAUUUUGGAACGAAAUAUUUUUCGGGGCCAACUCUUGUGGGUUCAAAUGGAAUUAUACAACCAUGUUUCGAUUUUUCAAUGAGUGAUUAUGAGCAUACUCUUUUAAAUACUGCACUUCCCAUUAUAAAUAGAGACGUUAUCAAAGGUGAACAACAUGUUCAAAUAUUCGAAAGUAUUUCAAAGAAAAUAUAA